AUGGUGGACAAGCAUAUGUUUCGAGUUAUGGUGCAAUUUUGGAAUUCUACUUACAAGUGUUUCACUUUUGGAGAAGUGGAUUUAGUAACUACUGUGGAGGAAUAUACUACUCUGCUUAGGUGUCCAAAAAUUCAAGUUAGAAAGACUUAUGCCAGGGUUUUUAAUGGUCAAACUUUCGCAAAGAAAUUGAUGAACAUUUCAGGGAUGAGCGAGCCUUGGGUCUCUGCUCGGAUUCAACAAAAAGGAGAUAGUAAAUGUAUCCCUUGGGAGAAUUUGCGAGAUUUGGUUUUAACUCAUCCAGAUGAAAGAAAGAGGGUCGAUAUCUUUGCCUUAAGCCUCUAUGGAUUGGUAAUUUUUCCUAAGGCUUUAAGGCACGUGGACGAGGCAGUCAUUGACUUAUUCGAACAUCUUGAGAAGGGAAUCACACCUGUACCAGUAAUAUUGGCUGAGACAUUCAGAUCCUUGAGUACGUGUAGGAAGACGGGCAAGGGGAGUUUUAUUGGAUGUGCACAACUAUUGAUGGUGUGGUUUCAUGGGCACUUUUGGAAGAUAGACAAGGUUUCUUAUCGGGUCUUUUCCGAAGGUUAUUCCCCGUUAAAAGAGGACGCAACCAUACAAAGGAGAGAGGAUAUCUCAGAGGAGAAGUGGAUGGAAAUCCUCCAAAACCUCAAGGAGAGGGAUAUAAAGUGGAAAGCUUAUUGGAUGGUUCUUGAUGAGAUCAUGUAUCGAUGUGGGAACUUUGAUUGGGUGUCGUUGUUAGGAAUUUGGGGAGUUAUUGGAUAUACUCCAUUGCUUGCAUUAAGAUAG